AUGAUCAAUGAUCUUGAACUGGCAUCCUCUAGCACUGACCAUUGGAAAUACGUGGAUGACGUAACAAUAUCGGAGUCCUUAAAGAAAAAUGAAGUUUCAGUCCUACAGUCUGAUCUUAACACAAUUGAAAGAUGGACUGUUAAUAACAACAUGAAAUUGAACGGAAAGAAAUGCAAAGAAAUGAUAGUGAGUUUCGUCCGUAGCGAGAAUGACAUCCCCCGACUCCUCAUUGAUGGUUUACCUCUAGACUUAGUUCCUUCAUUCAAACUUUUGGGCUUAACCAUGAACAAUAAAUUGAAAUGGCAAGAUAACACUGAAGCGUUAGUUAAAAAAGCCUCAAAACGCUUAUACAUUAUUCGUGUUCUACAGCGCUGUGGUCUUCCCCCAAUGACCUCUUAUUAGUCUACUUUUCUAUGGUGCGCUCUAUCUUAGGAUAUGCCUGUCCUGUCUGGCACACCAUGUUACCAAAGUGUUUGGGGGAUAAAAUUGGAAAAGUUCAAAAAAGAGCUUUCCGUAUUAUUUAUCCGACAACAGAUUACGAAGAUGCUCUCAACAUCACUCAAUGCAAGCGCCUUGACGACAAGAGUUAUGUGCUAAAACUUUGUGCAAAAACGUGCAAAAAGAUCUUAAAACCCGAUGCUCACCUCAACCACCUCUUACCCCCACUUCGUGAAGAAUCGCAUGAACUGGACUUAAGAAACAAUUCUAACUUCACAUUAACUAAAUGCAGAACCGAACGUUUUAAAACUAGUUUUAUACCAGCAAUGACUGCUAAUUUUAAUAGUAAAUAAUUUGUAGUAUUUUAACAACUGUACAUAUACGAUAUAUCUAUAUUUAUAUUAUUUGAUAUUUAUCCUUUAUUGUGUUUCUGUAAGCAUAUUGCAAUUCACCUUCGGGUGCCAAAAUGUGUUUCUUAAUAAACCUUUAAUAAUAAGUAUACGUCAUGACAUGACUUUGCGCAUAGUCUAUAUCAAGAUAUGAUGGUCUGGAAACUAAACAAAAAUCAUUGUGCGAUGUUUUUGUCUUAGUUUAUGUCAAUUUGUGCACCGGUCAUGGUGAUUGAGCUCAUUGGCAUGCGUUUUACAGUAGUCGUAUAAUAAAGUAGUCUUCCAAUAGGGAUAGUUGAAACGAAACGUGCAUCGUGCAGUGGCGCCGCCAGCUCGAUAUUAUGGGGGGAGGGGCGAAUAUUCAUAUAUUUGUUUUCACAGACCAUAAAAACAAUCGACUUCAAAAGAAGUUAAUAGUGCACAACACGAGUAUAUGAAUAUUCGCCCCCCCCCCCCCAAUUAUCGAGCUGGCGGCGCCACUGGCGUCGUGCAACCACGAUGAAUAAUAUUUAAUGAAGUUGCACGGUGAGGUAUACUGUUCAACAUCAAACAAAGGUCUAUAGCUUCUAUGUUAUGGCUUUGAAGUUUGCAGGGCUUCCAGACCAUUACAUUAUCUUGACAGACUAUGCUUUGCGGCAUACUUUGCAAGUUGCAAUAACAAUUGCCGUUCUGCCACAUCAAAGUCUCGGCAGAUCGAGCUAUAGACAGUAGAAAGCGAUGAAAACUUAUAUACCUUAUGUUCUUCUAUAUGAUAAAAUACCAUGUACUGUAACUUGUGCAACAAAAUCGGUAUCGUCUAACACUUUUCAAAUAAUGUUGUAUAGUAUGUUGUAUAUGUAAUAUAUGAACAACGAGAGCGAGUUUUUCACCGGGAUAUCCAAACACGAGAGAACAAUGUAUGAAAACACGAGCGUGAAGCGCGAGUGUUCUCAUACAUUGUUUUCGAGUCAGGAUAUCCCGGUGAGACACGAACUCGAGUUGUUUAUAUGGAUUCUCAAAUGAAUCGAGACGUAACAGAAUGUUUUCUUUUGCUGAUUUGAGUAGAAUUCUUAACCAAGCAUUAGGAAUUCUAUUCAAGUAUUAUUUUUCAUGAGUAAUUAAGAUAUUUGAUGAAAACGCUAGUGACUUUCAUCAAGUUUCACCGGGUUAUCUCAUAGAUAUCUUAUAUACACUAGAUAGCGCAUCUCUUUUAGCAAAAUUGAAGCCAAGAAUAUUCCAGCGGUUACCCCCAUUUGAAUAGAUGGCGGCCAUGUUGGUCGUUCUCACUUGCUAAUAAACGCUUAAAAACAACAAUAACUUUCAUCAUUUGAAUAGUUUAAAAAGUAUUUGGAAUAGGUUUAACUUAAUGUUUAAGAUCCCUGUUUAAGAAAUAUAAAACAUACGAAUCUUCUCAUUUCAUGAGAACGACCUGAGACUGCAAUCACGGCUUCAAUUUUUGAAUUGCAAUUUUUAAAUUGUAAGUGAUAUCACUUACUCGAACCGUCCUGACCGCGUAGCUCAGUUGGAAGAGCAUUGGGUUAGUAUUCCAAAGGUCGUAGGUUCGAAUCCCACCGUGGCUGGGCAUAUUUUUCAAGAUCGCCGGGUGUGGAUAUACACUCAGAGUAACAUCACAAAUAUCAUAUUCACCUGAGUAACAGUUACACCAACACAGAAAAAAUACUUUUAAAAUGUUCUGUACUUUAUCAUAUUAAGUAUAUUUUUGCAUCAUGCUGGAUCAACAUUGCAGGGUUCGUUUGAACGUUCUUUAAUAUAUCAAAAUUCUUAUAUAGCUAUUUAUUCGUAAUAUUUAAGAAAUUAAAUAAAUAAAUAAUUAUAAAGUCCCAUGCCCCAUGGGAGUUUCAGCCAACAUGUUUGCUCUGUUCAUGACGAAAAACAACAUUUUUCUACGUCGACAUCUGCAUUUCAAGCUGCGAGAUGUGCUACUAUAAUUAUACUCGGCAAAUUUGCUCAGCAGAACCUUUCUUAAUCAUAUUGUCCUAUUUUAAACUCUGUACGUUUGGCAACAAACGACAUGCAAUUUUCUUUAUAGUCAUUUCUUUUAUUUGAAUGAGCACGUGCUGGCCUUUGUCGUCGCGUUGCCGUCCAUGUAAGGUUCUCGUUAGAUUUAUACAGCACACCGAGCAGCACAGGCGAAUAUUAACUUUAAAAUGCUUUUUUAUAAUUUAGAUGAAAGUUGUGAUCCCUGGAAGUUCUACUGUCCUGUUGGUAUUUGUAUACCAUGGAAUUCGACUUGCAAUGGAAUUUCGGAUUGUCCGAGUGGAGCGGACGAACCAAGUAUUUGUGGCAACACUUCUAGAGGUAUGUGAAAAUCUAUUUCAUUCCAUGCAGUUUCAAAGCUUAUCUUAUACGGUUAUAACGAACCGUCCACUGACAAAGUUUUUCUGCUUUGUUAUAUCACAUUAUACAACGCUAACGGCUUGGAAAUUUCACUCAACUAUGUAAGUUUUGUUAGUGUUAGUCUUGUUUAAUUAAAGUAAAAUCUUUUCUAUUUCAAGAGAUAAAUGCCAUAUUUUCCACUCGAACUCAACUUUUACUUAUAUAGCGCGGGCCGCCAUGUUUGUUUUGUUUUGAAGCAAUCUGUGACCCAGGGUUGACAAAUAUUCUUAUAUUAGUUGUUCUUAGGGACUGCAUGGUCAUAAAGUAACUGCUAGGGUGGGCUGGAGGUAAAUCACAAAUUUUGCCAAUAAGUUCGGUGACCCAUCAUCUUAGGAUGUAGAUAAAAAUUUCAAAGCCCAUCUAAUCUUACAAAAUAUUUUUCAUGACCAACCCAAUCUAAAUUGGGAAAAUACACUUUUAUAAUAAAAAAAACGUGCAGGUAUGAACAUUGUAAAUAUACACGGCACUGUAUUGACAUACAUAAUUGCACCAAGCUUGACCAACACAUUCAUCACCAAUUACGACACUGAGCUGCUCUCCAGUUGGCUGUAUUUGCUGUGAUUCGACUUCUUCUGAUAACACGUAAAAUCUUUUGGCCAUGUAAAGCCCAGACGCAACGAGAGAUUCGUGACAACGAUUUAUAACUGACAGAUAACGUUGAUCCCGCUUUUGUUUGGUGUUUCAAAUAUUUAGAAGCGCUGCAACAUUUUGAGUUAUUUGGUAUGCAUAUCCUUUGAAAUUCCUUUCAUAAACGGUUUUAUAGAAUUUUAUUUACUUUUAUUUUAUUAACCGAAAUUCGCCUAGAGUCCGGUGUGUCUAAGCAACCAAGCAAACGCCCCACUCAAACUACGACGAGAGUUGAUGAGAGAUGGCAAGCUGUAGUUUGCAUUGCACUUUCGCUAACUCUCAUCCCUCUGUCAAACGAGAGCAAGAGUUGUGUCGUCCACGAUCAGAGUUAACUAGAUACUGACGCCGAGAAUAAACUCUCGUCAACUGUUAACUGUCAUCAAAAUUGAGUCAAUUCAUAUCAACGUUGGUGAGAGGUGAUGAGAGUAAAUAAGAAUCCACAAGAGAUAUGAUCGAUUGCGGGCAAACGGAAGCGAGAGUCUCAGCUCUCGUCAACCGUCUCAACCUUGUGUGACCAGGGCUUAAGCUAAGGAAUAUAGCCUUCCGAGAAAACCCAAAGUAAACAGUGUAACGUUCGAAUCAAACGAGGAUGAGAGUGCAUGAGAGUUAGCAGUCACGCGACUUUCGUUCGCUGUUCUUUUAAGAAAUGCUUUCCCAACACUAUCGUGUGUUCUAUUUAAGUUAAACUAUCAGUAUAGCUAACUACAGUAGCUGAAACACUUAUCAAAACCGUUAUUUUAUAAAUCUAUAGGCCCCGCUUCAAUGCGUGACUGCAUGCAUGCCAAUUCUCAUCAAUCUCCUCGAGGUUAGAAGGGAUAUUGAUUAAACUGGAAAUAUUCUUUUAAAGUUUCACGACAACAAGGUACUGUAUAUAACAUAAAUUUCCCCUUCCUUUUUCUAGCAAACGAAAGCUGCAGUCUGAAUGAUCUUGGUUGCCUUGUUAAUUUAAUAAACGAAACGUUUUGUGAAGAUAGUACUGAUGGUAAGGACGAUGAUUUUAUUAGAUAAAUUUAGGAAACACGACGCGAAAAUGACCUAUCUACUUCGCGUUCACUUCCGGAUUUUAAUCUGGGUCCUGCAUGGGAUGAUAUAGUUUAUUUGGUUUACCAGUCCCAUGCUGUAACUGAACCACGAGGUCAUGUUGGGUCCUUGGUUAUUUAUCCACCUAACAUAGCUUGGUAAAUAUAACCACGACAUUCUGUCAAAUGGUUACAUUUACCAGACUAUGGUAGGAAGGGACAUAAAAUAACCAGGAAAUUUGACAACGAAUAAAAUAUUAAGUUAACCAAUAUUGAAUUAUUUCUAGGUUUAACCAGGAAUUUUAACCAAAGUGUUUUUAGAGUGUAUUCAGCCACCUUGGAUAUCAGCAUGAUCUUGAAUAAUCUGGAAGAUUCAAAGUCGACGUUUGCUUGCCGAUGCCUAAAAGUGUGCAAGAGCCUUACUUGCCUAUACGAUUGAAAUCCUUCUUAAUAUUUCCUGUUACUGUGAGGUUUCAGUUUAAGUUUCGAAGAGCUUUUGAAAAAUUACAUUUCUAUUUCAGGCAGCUGUGAUUUCGAACAAGAUGGUUUCUGUAAAUGGCAGCAGGUUCACGAUGGACAUGAUGAUUUUGAUUGGUCAAUUAAUAAUGGUGAAACUUCCUCUAAACAAACUGGACCUAGAGUGGAUCAUACCUCCGAAUCUGAGCUAGGUAGUGUUCUAGUAUUAUGUUCUUAAUAUUAUUUUAGAUAAUUUUAUUCGAUUCUGAUUGGCUAAAGCACAGCUGUGUGAUUUGUGUAGAAAUAAUAUGUUUUGUAAAAAUAUUUGUAAAAAAAAUACACGUGAAUACGUUUUUCAAAGACGAUCAGACGUGCGGUUUUGUACCUCCCCUCAUUGUAUUUGUACCUUCUCUAAAAAUUCAUCCAUUUAUUACCCUUGACAAAUGUAUCAAUUUGAUAAUUCAUAAAUACAUUGAUAUGUUGUAAUAGAUAGCUAAAUACAUUCCAUACAUUGCAUGCAUCGAGUCAUGUUGUUUACUUAGGAGGGCACGUCGUAAACCCUAUCAUCCUAGGGAGGGUGUGGAACAGACAACUGCUCAUCCCCUAAAAUAUUUCCACCUUAUCCAAUAUUCACUCCAAAAUCCGUCUUUAUUAUGUGCAAAUCCUGUCAUUAUCCCCUGACUGCUUCAAUCAACAUUGUACCAAUGUCUUUCCCAGGUUCGUACAUCUAUAUCGAAGCAAGUUCUCCAAGAGUUAAAGGAGAUAAAGCAAUCAUUCAAGCUGGACCGUUCAAGGCUGAUCAAAAUUUCUGUUUCACGUUCUAUUAUCACAUGUUUGGUGUGCAUAUUGGUCGACUGAGUGUUUAUCAAGCUUGGUCGAACAUGACAAAUCUUGAACUCCUUUGGACCAGAAAUACUUCAGGCGAUGAUUCAUGGAAAACUUCCUCGCUUGAUGUUAGAUCGAGGAAUAAUUUUUACGUAAGUAAUAACGGAGUGAACAGAAAAUUUUACUCCUUACCUUCAAAAAAUAAUUAAUUAUGUUGUAUUUCUAAUAUAGCAACUCGUUACAACAUUUUAUUAACAACAACCCUCUAUAACUCGUACCCUCUUUGACUGGGGAUUUAUUCUACUUAAUAAUCCCCUCACUUUAUAGUUUUCAGCGUAGAGCUGUAAGCUUUACACUGUAAACCACUAAUAACAAAAUUGUGUGUUUAUAUAUUUUCAGUUAAUGAUCGAAGCAGUUUGUGGUGAAGGAGCUAAGGGCGAUAUUGCUGUUGAUGAUUUUUCUAUGAUUGAUAAAAAAUGUUCUGAAAUUCAAAAUGGUAAUUACAAUAAAUUUUAAUCAACUUUUUCUCUAUCAAUGGUGCAUGGUAUUACUCAACACUCAAUCUUUUUAUGAAUACAAAUAUACGGUCUCACAGACCUUGACGCAUCGCAGUAUGUUGAAACUAGAACAGGCAGGAAAAGCACGGGCACCUCAGGACUUUUAAAAGAAUUGUGAAACUGUGGAACUAUGUCACUCUCUCCACCUUUAAUUAGAUCGUACCUACAUGCACUAGACGUACCUAGCUACACCUAACUGCUACCCCAUGCCUAUACUCCUAGCUUACUAGCUCUCACUCAUUGAUCACGACUAAAUAUAUCUUCAUGUUACUACCAUAGCUUCAAGUUCAUAACUCUCUAAUUUGUUGUAGAUAAUUUGCCAUUUUGUUCCUUUGAAAGUCUUUGUGCUUGGAAAAUGACUCCAGGAGUUUGGGUCAGAAUGCCUGUGAACAACAAGAAGCAGUUCAUGCUGCACGGUAAGCUCUGA